AUGCCGCCAUCUUCAGGGUCCAAGUCCCAAAGAGCCCGGCUGUUUAUGCGACAAUGGUUCUUGAUCAACUGGAUUGAUCUUCUUUGCAUGGCCAUAGUCGGCGGUCUUGCAUUCGGCCUAUAUCACACCCCCGUCAUCAUCACUCGAACCUUUCCCAUCACCUUCGACAAAACCUCAGGCGACAUCAUAUACCCAGAAUGGGCGUACCCCGAUCGAGGCUGGAUAAUCCCCUCCUGGCUCUCGGGCGUAAUCUCCAUCGCCGGACCGUUUAGCGUGUACCUCCUCGUGCAGAUACAAAUCAGAUCUAUAUGGGACGCCAGCAACGCCAUAAUGGGAACCACAUGGUCCGUCAUAUUGGCGUCUCUCUUCCAGGUAACGCUCAAGCAACUCGUCGGAGGCUUCAGACCGUACUUUCUAGACGUCUGCAUGCCCGAUACAUCACUCGCAUCCGAGAGAAACGCAUCUGGUCUUAAUGGCGUUGGGUUCCACAAGGUCAUGUACACGACAGAGAUUUGCACGCAGCCCGACAAGUCCAAGAUACAAAACGCCAUAACCUCAUUUCCAAGCGGUCACACAACAGCCGCCUUUGCGGGAUUCGGCUUCCUCUUCCUCUGGCUAAACGCAAAGCUCAAGGUCUGGGCGGACCACAAGCCCACGUUUUGGAAGCUGUGCCUCACGUUUGUGCCGCUGUUAGCUGCGGUGCUUAUCGCUGGAUCUUUGACCAUAGACGCCGCGCAUAAUUGGUAUGAUAUCGUGGGAGGUGCAGUGAUUGGCUCGAUAAUGGCGUUUGCCUCAUACAGGUCUACCUAUGCCGCCGUGUGGGAUUGGCGGUUUAAUCACCUCCCGCUUCAAGAGAAGGAGGGGUUCAGAUACGGGUUGGAUGGAGAUCUCGACUAUGCGGCUCAGACGCUGAGCAUGAGUGCUGGCUGGGGAGGCAAGAGGGUUAGGUUACCUGACACGCCAGACGACGGUGAUGAAACUCCGCGGCAGACGAGUAGCGGCCAGCAGAUAGAGAGUCUGGAUGCUGCUAGGAGGAAGCGACGGGCGCCUGUUGGAGACGAGGCCGUGUAA